CUCUCUCUCUCUCUCUCCCUCUGUGGGUUAAUUGCACACUGAUGGCUUUUGGGAUGGAAUUAACAAAACCCUAGGCCUUACCACUUCACCUCCAUUUGGCUGAAGCUGUAUCUGCCGUUGCAAGUGGCCCUCUUCGACGCCGACCACAGGUACAAAGUUUUCCCAGCAUCCAAACCGUGGGCGAAUCCUCUUCUCGUCCAUGGCACCUCACAAGAAAUCUAAGAAAAGCAAAAGGGAACAAAAAAAAUUGAAGAAACGCAAAAAUGUAAAUGGUGUGGUUCCCGUAGAACCCAAAACCAUUGAAUCCGACUGGUGGGACACUUUCUGGCUCAAGAACUCUUCAACCCAAGCCAGCUCGAGCACCUCUGCAGUCAGGUACUCCAGAAUUGAAGCCAAGUAAACAGCAGCAGUUGCCCCAACACGGCCAUUCACAGAGAUCCUCGUUUUCAGGUGCUGAUGAAACAACCCACAGGAAACUGACUUCUGGACGGGAAGACUUGGAAAUGGGUCCUUUCUUGUCCUUGUUAGCUGCAGUGGUCUUGACUGCCAAUUGGCCCUUCCCUCCUUUCCCUGCCAUUGCUUACCUGAGAGAGUGUUAGAGUGGGAAGAGGUGAAAAUUGCAGAUUAAAUGGUGGCAUUUGAAUGUUGUUUGGUGCCCAAUGAUGAAGCUGAAGGUUUCAAGUAUUUCUUCAGAGUUUCAAAGAAGACUUUUGGAUACAUCUGUUCUCUUGUAAGAGAAGAUCUUAUAUCGAGGCCACCAUCGGGGCUCAUCAACAUUGAGGGAAGGCUUCUUAGCGUUGAAAAACAGGUUGCGAUUGCCUUGAGAAGGUUGGCAUCUGGUGAGUCCCAAGUGUCAGUUGGGGCUGCAUUUGGGGUUGGCCAGUCCACGGUUUCUCAGGUGACAUGGAGAUUUAUCGAAGCACUGGAAGAGCGUGCCAAGCAUCAUCUGAGGUGGCCUGAUUCCAAUAGAAUGGAAGAAAUCAAGUCCAAAUUUGAAGCAUCCUUUGGGCUGCUGAAUUGUUGUGGAGCCAUUGAUGCAACACACAUCAUCAUGACCCUUCCAGCUGUACAAACCUCAGAUGAUUGGUGUGACCCAGAGAAUAAUUACAGCAUGCUCUUGCAGGGAAUUGUCGAUCAUGAAAUGAGAUUUCUUGAUAUUGUUACAGGUUGGCCAGGGGGAAUGACGGUUUCUAGGCUAUUGAAGUGUACUGGAUUCUUCAAACUCUGUGAGGGCGGAGAGCGUUUGAAUGGAAAUGUAAGAACUUUUUCUGGAGGAGAGGAAAUUAGAGAAUUUAUAGUUGGUGGGGGUGGGUACCCUCUUCUUCCUUGGCUCUUAACUCCUUACGAAACUGACGGUCUCUCAGCAUCCAUGUCCACUUUCAAUGCCGUGCACGAGGCUGCAAGGUUGCUUGUAGUGAGAGCAUUCUCACAGGUAAAGGGUAGUUGGAGAAUUCUUAAUAAGGUAAUGUGGAGACCUGAUAAGCGAAAAUUGCCAAGCAUUAUCUUGGUAUGUUGCUUACUGCACAAUAUUAUAAUCGACUGUGGAGAUAAUUUACUUCAAGAUGUAGCUUUGUCUGGUCAUCAUGACUCGGGAUAUGGAGAACAGUUCUGUAAGCAAGCUGAUCCAUUGGGAAGGACACUGAGGGAAAAGCUGGCGAAAUACUUCCACCAUGGCAAAGAGAAAGCUCCAUCAAAGUAAUCUGUUUCCAUUCUUUGCACAGUACUAGUUCAACCUCCGGAAUCUGGUUUCUUGUAAAGCUUCAUUUUGCUGUGGGAGCAAAGACUAAGAUGUGAACCAUUUUGUUCUUGAAGUGCCAUUUGGUUUUCUGAACAUAAAUUAUAUUGAUGUUUUCCCAUCUUGUUUUGGGAAAAUGUCGGGAUCACAGAUUCUUUGCAUCUAGAGGAUCAGUUUCGUAUUGUGUGGAUUUAAUCUCAUUCUAACAACUACUAUAAUACUGUAAUAAAGUAUAGAGGUUUCGAAUGAUUAAUUUAAAUCAUUUGAGAAU